GCGACGAUCAGCGACACCAUCCAUGGGUUACCAGUACCCACGUCCCAUUCUCUGGAUAUAACUGAACUGACUGAAUCAAUUGCGAAAAGAUGGAACUCAAUAAUAGUCCGAUUUCCGAAAUUUCGUCGAAGAACAUUCACGAUGAAACAACUUUUAAGCAGCCACUUGGAAAUGGCAGCACCUACGGAGCUUUUCAAUCAAAGGAUCCUAUUCUGGCGAUGGAAAAGGGCGGCGAUACCAAUAAGAGCGGGAGUAAUGAGCAUGGUAUCACCGUGCACCAUCCUACUUCGUACCUGGAAACCAUGAUGCAUCUGUUCAAGGGUAAUGUCGGCUCGGGGAUCUUUGCGUUGGGAGACGCUUUUAAAAACGCCGGAUUGCUGCUGGCACCCCCGCUAACGAUCUUUCUCGGCAUCAUCUGCGUACACGCUCAGCAUAUUCUGAUCAAGUGCAAUGAGGAGGUGAGACGUCGCGUUGGUGAUAGCAACGAGACCAGUGGAUUCGCCGGUACUGUGGAGAUGUGCUUCGCCACCGGACCCCUCGGACUUCGUAAAUACUCGAAUUUCAUGAGAAAGUUGGUUAAUGUGUUUUUGUGUAUCACGCAACUCGGAUUCUGCUGCGUGUAUUUCGUUUUCAUUUCCACGAAUAUGAAACAGGUGCUGGACGCGCACGGGAUCGUGAUGGACGUUCACCAGCACAUGGCUGUGGCAUUGGUUCCCAUACUUCUUAGUACGUGGAUCAGGAACCUCAAGUACCUGGUGCCAGUAUCCUCGAUAGCGAAUUUCCUGGUGAUCGCGGGUUACAUCGCUACUAUGUACAUUAUGAGCCACGACGUACCGUCCAUAAGCGAGAGGAGAUACGUCGCUGACUGGAACAAUUUACCUCUAUUCUUCGGCACUGUGAUAUAUUCCUUCGAAGGUAUUACUCUAGUACUGCCGCUGAAAAACGAAAUGAGGAAACCGAAUAAUUUCAACAAGCCGCUGGGUGUUCUCAAUGUCGGCAUGGUGAUAGUCGGCUCUAUGUUCGUUGCAAUAGGUUUCCUAUCUUAUCUGAAAUACGGUGACGAGGUUGCCGGUUCCGUCACGCUCAAUUUGGCGCCAAAGGAAAUAGUGGACGGGAAAGUCAUCUACGAUCAUUCAAGUUUGCCGCAAUGCAUCAAGACCGCUAUUUCUUUGAGCAUAUUGCUCACGUACGCGUUGCAGUUUUACGUCCCAAUUGCAAUAAUGUGGCCUGGCAUUGUUCAACGAUUCGGCCCCUUCAAGUAUCCGGUACUCGCAGAGAUCAUUUUCCGUUCCGUUAUGUGUCUUAUCACGUUUAUCCUGGCGGAAGCCAUACCAAAAUUGGGACUCUUCAUAUCUCUGGUUGGAGCGGUCAGCAGCACAGCGCUCGCCCUCGUGUUUCCACCGAUCAUCGAGAUGAUUGUCUGCUGGCAUAACACCAAUCUUGGUUUCUUCACGAUCUCGAAAGAUGUGGCGAUAGUGUUAAUCGGCGUGUUGGGUUUCGCCACCGGAACGUACGAGAGCUUGACAUCGAUUAUCAAGUCGUUUAGCGAAUAAACCAAAUGUUCCGCACACAUCAUCCUUAAUUUCUCUCUCGUAGACGCGCGUGCGGGUUUAAUGGACCAUGACAUCCACGGUGUUUCCGCUUCGCGAGUCUAGAAAUUCGCACACUUCCAGAUUUUGCAUGCUCAUAGAUAUGACCGCGAUUAACGUUAGCCAUCCCGUGUAAUGAUAAUAAUUUAUGUGUGAUACUGAUAGCCGUAGUUGAUAAAAUGUAACGUAGGUUGUGAAGGCCGAUGAUUGUUAUUAAUAAUAGUUAUUAUUAAUAAUUUUCAUUUAGACAGCACAAAUUCCUAAAAUUCUGUGUUGCCCGGUUAUCAUGCCUUUUAUUUAUACAUUCAAUAAAUUUUUGCGUUUAAGCUUUCCCUCGUGAUACGUAGUUGGCAUGACAUAAAAAGAAGGAAAUAUAAAUGCGCGACCUUUUCUGUAGUUAUGUAUACAGUUCUUGCAGCAGCGGUGCAAUUGAUAAAAGGAGAAAUAUUAUAUACGCAUAAUCUCUUUAUUCUUGUGUAUUUUACUGACAAAUUCUAAUGUUCUAUUUUUAAUUGCCAAAGAGUAUAAUACAUUGUUAACUGGCGACUAGUCAAUUACAGUAUUGUAUAAUUAAAGUGAUAAUUGCGGAAUGGUACAAAAUAUUUGUAUGCUAAUUAAAUCUAAAGUUUUCAUAAAAAUCUAUGAUAAUUACAUUGAAAUUUAUCAUAAAAAUUUUAUCUUCCAUAAAAAUCUAUUACAGAUAGAUAAGAUCAUAUAAUAUUGUACGUUGCUGCAAAGAAAACUGUACGUUUUAAAUACAAAAAAACUUAUAAUAUUAUUUGUGCAAAGUAUUGUGAAAUCAAUGCUAACGAGGACGUAUUUUGUCUGAGUUGCUUUGCUUGUAACUAAUCGAUUGUUAUAGCAGCGGUGUAAUUAUACGUCAUAUUUAUUUUUGUUUCACUUAGGGCUAGUUUCAUCAACGCUUCGAUUAAAUGUUAUUACUUAAAUCAUCCUCCUCUGUCUGUGUUAUAGUCAGAUUUAGAAAAAGAAAGUAGAUCAGCAACUAGUUUCUUAAAACUAAUAUAUAGGUGGAACUAACUCUCAGCGUAAUCGAUAUUUAUAAAAGACAGUAUGCGAACGAGAAGAACCGAAUGAUGUUUAAAUGUACACUGUACUGUAGGCUAACAAAUUUACUUUAUUGUUGAAUUUUUUAUAUAUAUAUUCAAAGCGGCUUAUGAUACAAAUCAUAUUGAAGAACAAACACAGCAUCUUAAAAAAUGAAUCAUCGACUCUAUACAAUUUUAACAUACCCUAAUACGAAUUGAUGUAAUUCAUCCCCUCUAUGCUCGAAAAGCCAUUAAAGGUGAAAAUUUUCCGUCGAAAUUCUGUCAAUUAUAUACAUUUAAUUUAUUAUACAUUAAUUUUAUGUAUUGCAAAAUGAUAUUAAUCUUGUUCUUAAUCAUUGACGUUGAGAAAACGCCUCUUUCAAAACGUGGAUCUCUUAAUCCAGAAACAAUUUUCCAUUUCGAAAUAUAAGUAACAUGUACCUAUAUAGUAUUAAUUAAAACAAUAAAAUAAAGAAAAUAUAUUCGCUAACGAUAAGGCGUUAUGAUCAUCGGUUUGAUGAGCGGUAUCGACGAUAUCGCCCUCGUAUUACUGGAGUACAAAUUCACUCAGGGAAGUUUACAUUAAAGUACAUAUAUUUUCUUUCUUUCAUUAUUUAACAGCAGCGUGUAAAACAUCUCUCUUAGCGUAACGCUGAGAUCGAUGACAGAUAAAGAGAUAUUAAUAAAUAUAUGUCGCACAAUGAA